UUAUUUUUUUUUGGGUUCGAAUGGUUUCUUGCUUUUCCACCACCAUCUAAAUAAAAUUGCAGAUUCUCUAGUAAAUAAUUUAGACAAAUAAUUAAAAGAAAAAAAGUAAACCCAUAUUUGCAUAGGAUUUUGGACCUUCACCUCCUCUCUUCUUAUCGUUAUUUUCAGCUGAAAAAGGCUUUUACAUUAAUCAGCCUUGAAGUUUAUUUUCUACAGGAACAGGCUGCUUUGCUAACUUUGUUACUUGAUUCACCAUUCUAAACUAAGGUAUUGUUCAGUAAGGCCUAAAGUUAAAUAUACGUACGUAUGGGCAGUCCUGCAGAGCCAAAGAGAAGAGUGGCAUUUGUGCUGAUUGAUGGAUUAGGAGAUGUAUCAAUACCAAGGUUUGGGAAUAAGACUCCUCUGCAGGCUGCUGAUGUUCCAACCUUGGAUGCCAUAGCAUCAGCUGGGGUUAACGGCCUUAUGGACCCUGUGGAAGUAGGUUUGGGUUGUGGGAGUGAUACAGCUCACCUCUCGUUGUUGGGCUAUGACCCGAGAGUCUAUUACCGAGGGCGUGGUGCAUUUGAGUCCAUGGGGGCUGGGUUGGCAAUGUCACCUGGAGAUAUUGCAUUCAAGUCAAAUUUUGCGACCUUGGAUGAGAAAACUGGCAUAGUUACAAGUAGGAGAGCUGACAGGCAUUUUGAAGAAGAGGGGCCUAUCCUUUGUGUUGCCCUGGAUAGAGUGAAGCUCCCAUCUUUUCCUGAGUAUGAAGUAAGAGUCAGGUAUGCAACAGAGCACCGAUGUGGAGUUGUUGUUAAAGGACCAAGACUGAGUGGAAACAUAUCAGGAACUGACCCAUUGAAGGACAACCGCUUACUUCUGGAAGCCAAGGCUUUAGAUGAUACUGAUGAAGCAAGACACACAGCUGCAGUUGUUAAUGAGUUAUCCAGGGAGAUAUCAAAGAUUUUGGUUUCUCACCCUUUAAAUGCAAAAAGGCUAGCAGAAGGGAAAAGCGUUGCUAACGUUGUCCUUUUAAGAGGCUGUGGUAUCCGAAUUGAGGUUCCACAAUUCGAGAAGAAACAUGGCUUGUGGCCUUGCAUGGUGGCUCCCACAAAAAUUAUUGCAGGAUUGGGCCUAUCACUUGAUAUUGAUAUCCUAGAAGCUCCUGGAGCAACUGGAGACUAUCGAACACUUUUGACUUCAAAGGCAACUGCCAUAGCUAAGGCACUCUCUACCCCUCUACAAACAUCUCCUAGUGUCUUUGUACCAGGGGAGGAUGAGCACAAGCCUGGGAGAUCAGAUGGUUAUGAUUUUGGAUUUCUCCACAUUAAGGCAAUAGAUGAUGCAGGUCACGAUAAGGCGAGUGUUUUCAAAGUAAAAGGCUUGGAAGCUGUAGAUCGAGCUAUAGCACAGCUGGCUAAGCUCCUGUGGCAGGCAGAAUCAACUGGGAACUUCCAAUAUUUUAUUUGUGUCACCGGUGACCAUUCUACACCUGUUGAAUAUGGAGAUCACAGUUACGAACCAGUUCCAUUUACAAUUUGCCGGUUGAAAGAUUUUGUGGGUGCAGUUGGUGGGGAGUCUAGUGUUUUGGAAACUUCCCUUGAUCCAUUUCCUCUUCCUACUGUUAAGGCAGGUGAAGACCUAAAUGAAGCCAUUGGUUUAGAAAAAGGGAGAAAAUGCAAGCAAGUUCAAGCAUUUUGUGGUGAUUCAGUUUUUGAGUUUAACGAGAUUGCAGCUGCGAGGGGCUGUCUUGGGCGGUUUCCAGGUGGAGAGAUGAUGGGAAUCAUUAGGAAAUUUCUUAAAUUAAAUGCAUAGCUUUCAUGUUCAGAUGUUAAGAGCUCUUUCCCAGACAACCUCUUAAGUUUCUGAAUAAGGUGUUUCUGAUCUAAAAAAAUAACCAUGACAGUAUGUCUUUGAAUCGUCAAAAUUUUGAAUGCUUCUUAUGAGUUGUAACAUCAAGGGGAUAACUCUCUUACAUAACUUAGUCAUGUGUUUGAGUGGAGGCUAAUCCACUGCUGACUCAGUCAUGUGGUGGAGUGGAGGCUAAUUCUCUGUUGCCAUAACUCAGUCAUGAUUGUCCUAUUAAUAAAAACAAUAGUUUGAGUGAGGAUGUUCAAUUCCUUGUUGCACACUAUAGGGGUAAAAUGCAAUGUACUAUGAUAAUUUCUAACCUUAAUCUGACAUUUCGUUUUUCAUUCAUAACUUUCUAUAUGUCCCAAUUUAAUUCCUAGCCAAAUAUUAGCUGAACUUUUAGUCUUUCUGUGAAUUGACUCUUCCAUGACAGGAUCCAUGCUAGCACUUAUGAGUCAUGUGAAUAGCAUUUCAGUUCCUUUUAUACUUGUAGGUCCUUUAUCUGUCUCUGCUUGCUGCUUCCCUUUCUAAUGAGCGUCCUCUCCCCUUAGUCAAUACUUCACUAAGGUUUUCCAAGGAAAAAUGCUCUGAGAUUGGACCUUUUUAUUUUGCAAGAAGAGCAGCUACUACAGAUGAUGCUAUUUCAGCCUAAGGUUCCGCCAUGCCAUAUUGGCCUAGAUAAUGCACCUAAUGGAGGCUCAUACUCGGAGAUGGACACCUGCUAAAGGCAUCAGGUAGAGGUAGAAACCCAGUUUACUGAUGGGCAUGGGAGACUGCUUUGUAAUAUGAUGAUUUUUAGAGAUAGCAGCUAUUCAUGAUUUGUAAGACACUUUUUCUUUUCCUUGAUUAAAAUUUAUAAUUUUCCUAUGCUGAGCAUAAUAAGAUAAUAUUUAUGUUCUUUUGACUGUUAUAUGCUGAAGCAGAGUGCAUCCAUCCGCUGACAUGUUUAUUGAACCUCACAGUCUCUUGAAGAACAAUGAUCUUGUUUCAUCCGGUACCAUGGAUCCAUAAGAAUUUCCCAAUUCUUAUAGUGUCUACUAUUUAUGUAUAAAGUUUGUCAUGUAAACAAUCAUGAUGAAAGCAUAUAGUAAUGCUAGCAUUAUGUGUAAUAUAUUAGCAAAAGCGAGUCAAUAGAAAGAGUGGAUAACAAAGCAAUUUUAAAGCUAAUUCUGUUUUGACAUCUCUUGCAACAUUUUAAUUUUCUCUCUACUCUACUUUUAAAGUUGGGUUCACCAUUUGUCAAACUUUUCCAGCUACUUUUUUGAACUUCCAAUGAAAAGUAACCCCUAAAAAUUAACUUUGAAUCAUUCUAGAACUGUGCCUGAAACUAGAUUAGGAAUCAAACUUUAGGGCAUGCUAUAUAUAUGUUUUAUCCUAGUUAUUUGCAACCCUUAGGAUUCACCAUUUGUUGAACUUUUCCAGCUACUUUUUUGAACUUCAAAUGAAAAGUUACCCUAAAGAUGUGGUAAUUUUUUCACCUAAACUUCUGCAACUAUUUGUAUUUGGCUUAAGUAACUUCUGUACUUUAACCUAAUGUUCAUAGUGUGAGCCACAUAUAUUUUCCAUGAUAUGUUUACUCUAGUGAAUAUUAGUUCUACUGUAUUUGGCUUCCAAUAUGUUCUAUUUAUGUUGUAAAUUUGCAGGCUGGCAUGUACAAGUUCAACUGACAGACAAGAAUUUUUGUUGUUUCUUCAGUGAUUUAUAAGCUAUGUGUCUCUGACUCUUCCUUUUUCUUUCAGUAUACGAGUCUUAACACUAAUGUUUGGUGCAUAUUUGGACAUGGGUAUGGGAUUUGACCUUCAGAAGAAUCUUACGAAUACAUGGAAAACUUAGAAAAAGAAUUGAACAUAUACAUGUCCGACAUAUUCAUCUUUAGAGAUUUGAGGUUUGGCUAUAGGUUUGCAACUGAGAUAUAGGAAUGGACGAAUCUAUUAUUAAAGAGCCUUUUUUUGUUUUUGGUGUAGCUGGGACUACCAUUGUCAUGUCACAAUUGCUAUAUUCAUAAUUUAUUCAAACAAUUAUAGUGCUAACUUGUUUUAUUGACUUUCUCUGAUCUUAGGGCCGCCUACCUUUAUCCCUUUUAUCUCAUUAUAAAUUUUGCUCGGGAUCAGCUCUUGGUUUCAAGCAAAGUGCUGUUAUAUUUCUUGUACUUGGUUUAGUUUUCCUAUAUCUACCAGGUGUUAUAUUUUGGGAAGAUCUUUCCAUGGAGUACUCUAGCUUUCCAUCGGCAUUUUCUACUUUGUUCGGCGAACUCCUGAAAGAAACAUGGUGUUGUUCAGAUCUUUACAACUGGGAAGGCUUCUGGUAUGCCAGUUCUCACCUUCCUGCUGCCAUGGCUGCCAGUUUGAACUUCCAAGCAAAUGACUGAUGUAUUUUUGACUUCUUCUAUGAAGACAGGCACCACAUGGCUCAAGGCUAUCAUCCCAACAAUAAUGAAUCCCAUGGGUCGCAUGAAUGAUGAUAACAAUGACCCUUUGCUCAAACGUCAUCCUAAUGAGCUAAUGCCAUCUCUGGAAGUCCAGCUUUUCAAGGAAAAUCCCAAUCCUGAUCUCUCAUAUAUGCCUUCUCCAAGAAUAUUCCGAACCCAUGUCCCUUACCCUAUGUUACCCGAAUCUGUUAAAAACUCAGCUUGCAAGAUCGUGUAUAUCACUCGAGACCCUAAGGACAUGUUUGUGUCAUUGUGGCACUGUUUGAACUCUUUGGUUACUACCCAGGGAAAUGAUCCAUGGCCAAUGGAUGAAGCUUUUGACAGCUUUUGCAGAGUGGUUCAUGUCUUCGGACCAUUCCAUGACCAUGUUUAAAGUUAUUGGAAAGAAAGUACAAAGAGGCCUGAGAAGAUACUUUUCUUGAGAUAUGAAGACAUGAAGAAGGACCCAAAGGGGCAAUUGAGGAGGCUGGCUUGUUUCCUUGGAAGGCCCUUUGAGAAGGAAGAAGAGGUAGACAAAGUGUUGUGGAGAUGCAACCUGGAAAGGCUUAAAAACCUGGAAGUGAACCAACAUGGAGCUGAUCCUUGGUUAGGCUUUGAGUACAAGUUUUAUUUCAGGCGUGGCAGUGUUGGGGAUUGGAAGAACAACAUGAGUAACGAGAUGAAAGAAAAGCUGGACCACAUUACUGCUAUGGAAUUCGAAGGUUCUGGUCUGGGUUUUGGACAUUGAUUAAGUUUACUAGCUUUGAAAUUGGUGGUUCUGUUUUCAGUUUCUGAAUAUGAUAUACUCUUAGAUAUCAAUUGCUUUAUGUUUACGUUUAUGAGGAAUGCUUAGCAUGUAAUUCCUGUUUUUAAUUUAUAGAACAACAUCAUCCAUUUAAUUCACCAAAA